AUGCGGUUCCUCACGGGUUUUCUGCUGUUUUCGGCGGUUUUCUGCGCUUUUUCGCAUCUACAUGCACACGAUGAGCACGAGGGAAGCGGAUUCAUGCCGCUCAACAACCACCAACACACCCAUUACCCUGGUUUGUCAAAUUGCGGAAAUUUUCUUGAAAUAAUCAAAAUAUACUUCUAGAAUUCGAGGAAAGCCAUCAUCAUCACAACGAACGCGGUCAUGAGCAUGAGCACGAGCAUGAGCACGAGCAUGAGCACAAGCAGAAGCCGAAAAAGUUCGAAAGUUUCAACGUUUUCUGCAAAAAGCUGAAUUUUCAGACUGAGCACACUGAAAACCUGGGUCUUCUCGCUUUCCGCCGUCUUUGGAAUUUCCAUCGCUCCGUGCCUGCUCCUUUUUUUCAUUCCAGCACAGGUAACUAUUGAAGAAUUCUAGUAAAAUCGCAAAAUAUUCCAGCAAGCCAACGGACCGUUGCUCAAAAUUCUUCUGGCUUUCGGCGCCGGCGGACUUCUCGGCGACGCCCUUCUCCACAUAAUUCCCCAUUCUCUGUCCCCCCAUUCUCAUUCUAACUCUCAUGACCAUGACCACAAUCACUCGCACGAUCAUUCCGCCCAACUUCGUGUCGGUCUCUACGUGAUCGCCGGUAUUCUCGUGUUCAUGCUCGUGGAGCAACUCGUCCGAAUCAUCAAAGGCGGCCACUGUCAUUCGCACGAGAACGGACACAUUGUCGCCGACGAGCACCGUCAUUUGACGGAGCAGAAUCACGAAAAAAAGGAGGAGAAAGAGAUGGGACUGAAAGACGUGAAAGCCAGUGCAUAUUUGAACUUGGUGGCCGAUUUCGUGCACAACGUCACUGACGGACUCGCGAUCGGCGCCUCGUUCUCGGCCGGAAGCACCCUCGGAUGGGUCACCACUCUGACCGUCUUGCUCCACGAACUGCCGCAUGAGGUCGGCGACUUUGCCAUUCUUGUACAGUCCGGAUUCUCCAAGUACAAGGUGAGUAGAAGUUGUGUAGGAAAAUCUAGGAAAAUGAGUAUUUUCUAUGCACACAAUCGUUGCAGGCGAUCCGAAUGCAAGUGGUAACCGCCCUCGGGGCGAUCACCGGCUGCAUCUUCUCGCUCAUCGUCUCCGAUCCGGGACAGUUGAAUGACGGAGCCGACACGGGUGCGAUUAUGCCGUUCACUGGUCAGAUUUCAGCAAAAUGACAUGUCCUUCAAUUUCCCCCCUUUGCAGCCGGCGGAUUCAUCUACAUUGCGACGGUUUCGGUGAUUCCGGAGCUUCUCGAGUCGGGCGAUCACAAUAAUCUAUCGAAAGUGGCGAAAAUGGCGCAGAGUUUGGUGCAUCUGACGGCCAUUUGUAUGGGCGUCGGAAUGAUGUACAUUGUCAGUUUGGUUGAGUGA